UUUGUUCACUUAAAUCCAAAGUCUCUUUCUUGCUCUGUGUGUGUCUCUGAAAAUUGCGCUCAGGCUGUUCUAUUAUUUUUCCCAAAAGGUAAAAAACAGGUGUGUCUUCCUGAUGUCGCUGAGCUAUAGAGGAUUUUAUGGGAAAACAAAGGACAGAGAUUGAGGCUGAAGCUCACACUUGGCUCAGAGGAGCCUGGCACUUGCUUUCCUUCAGGUUCUGCAAUAAAAUAUUGGGUGAAAUGCCAUCCCUGGGCAUUACAGUCUUCUGCUUUCUGCUUCUAAUUGUCACCACGUCUACUCAUGCUUUGAUAGAAGUUAAUUUUGACCCAUUCGACUAUCCCUCACCUGACGGUGAAAAUGGAACAGAAGAGAACGUCCCAACAGAGCUGCACAGGCAGAAGCGACAGGUCGCUACAUUUGGCCUUCCCCCUAUGGAAUACAAGAUUGACAUUGAGAUCAGUUAUACAGAUCCAUCUCUCUUGGAAGCCAUCAAAGAUUAUUUCAAGAAUCUUAGUUUUCCAGUCAUAGUAAACACCUUAGAUGCAGCAAUGAACAUUUCAAGCCUCAAUGUUACUACAGUAUGCAGUCUCACCAGUAAUAAUGAGACCCAUUGUUCUUGUGAAAGUGGGUACAGAUGGCCAGCUUCAGUGUGCAGUGCCAAGUCAAUCUGUCCUAGUACCAUCCCAACACAAGAGGAGAUCUGUGACUGUAUCACACAGGUGCCUUCCCAAGGACCCUAUUGUCAGCUUCAGUCUGAAGAUCAAACCAACUUCUCUGUGUCCCCUGAGGACAUUUUCCAGGGGGAUACAGUAAAAAUGAAGUGUGUGAUACCAUUGGAUACAGGGAAUGUGACCUGGUAUCAUUCUGGAAGUCUAAUCUUGAAUAGAGUCCGGCAUUCAAUAUCUACAAUAAUUAUAGAAAAAACAACAACGUCAAUUCUGAAAAUUACCAAUGUUACACAGGAUGAUACCGGUCCUUAUACUUGCGUUUUCAUAGACAGCAGUGUGAGCUCCACAUGGGAAUUUAAAGCAACACGCAAUAUAACAGUAGCUCCAAUAAACAUCAUGCAAUCAGGAGACACUAAGGUUAUAUGUAACGGUACCAAAGUAUCGCUGAGCUGCUGCAUCGAUGGAAAUAUACAAUACUUUAAUACUACCUGGACACCAAAUACAGGAACCGCCAGUUUAACUCCAAACUGUACUGAGUACACUCUCCAAGCCAGUCCUUUUCAGUGCCCAAACCCACCUGAUAAUGAGAUAACGUACACAUGUGAGCUGAGCACGGGGAAUGGCGCCAUCAGAAGUAAAACCAUCAAUGUGAUAUAUUCACCAGGAGCAAAUCUAACAAUAUCUCCAAGCACAAAUGUUUCUGAGGGACACAGUUUUAAUCUAACAUGCACCAGUGAUGUGAGCAAUUGCGAUAAUCUCACCUGGAAAAUCCAGUCUCAGAUGAUAGACUCUCGGCUAUACAGCUGUAAGGUGGAAUCCCCAAGCAAAGCCAUGUCCACACUCACAGUGAACUCUGCCACUCAGGCCUGGAAUGGCACCUAUACUUGCACAUUAUUUCAGAAGUCUUUGUCAAGUUCUGCUAGUACAACAGUUGAGAUUGUUCCUCUGCCUCUGAAAAAGAAUAUUGUACUGGAUCCCAUUCAAGGAUUUAUACAAUGCAAUGUACCUCAGGUGCUAAAGUGCUGCAUAAAUGGAACAGAAAAUUAUGACGUUACAUUCACAGUUCAACAAAGGGAAUGUAAGAGUGUGAAAAACACACAAGGAAACCAAGUGUGCUACACAUGCAAUUACACAGAAAGGUGCAACUCAAAGUCAAAUGUCGUGGCAUUUUGUACCUUUGGUAACCGCAUUCAAGAUAACGUCACAAGUUCACCUAUGAAUCUAAGUAUUAUACUAGAAAAUGAAGUUACGUGCUCAGGCAGCAUUGGUGUGGGGUGGCAAGGAGCACAGAUAACAAAACCAUGCCCAGCCUCUCAAGGUGUGAAUGGUAUAAGCACCACCCGUAGAGGGACUGUAGUCUAUGUGUGUAACAACACCGACUGGAAGGUUGCUAGAAACAGCUGCAUAUCUGACCAAAUAAACACACUGCUCAGUGGUGCUGAGUCUUUGGUGUAUGACCCACAGGCAGAAGAACAGCUUCCCACAUAUCUUGAGACUCUUCAUAAUACUACACUAAAGGAACAACAAGAAAUAAACACUUCACCUGCCAACCUGGUGGCAGUAAUUAGCAUUCUGGAUUUGGUUUCAAAUAUCCCAACAGACGCAGAGCCACGCGCAAUGGAAAAUUUCCUCUCUACAGUGAACACUAUUGUCAACAAUUCCACUAUACCUGCCUGGAAAGAUCUGAACAAUCAGCAAACAGAGAACAGUUCUCGGUUACUGGAUUCAGUGGAGAAAUUUUCCCGGUCCCUCCGACCAAUUAAUAAUACCAUUCCUUUGAUCACCAACACCAACGUUCAGCUGCAAGGUAUAGUUAUCACAGAAAAUAGCACGUGGGACUAUAAUAAGAGCUUUACUUUCUCCAAUUCAGCAAACCUCAGCGGUAAUGUGCUAAUUAAUAGAAAUAACAUUAAGAACUUGACAGAAAAGUUGACCAUCAUCACCGUGGCUUUCUCAACCCUCAGAUAUAUUCUGCCCAACCUCAAUGAGACAGCUAAGGAUGUGAAUGGCUUGGUGAUGAUGACAACAACGAACAGCGUGGGCUCUCAGGUCUCAGAGAUCUCUCUGACAUUUGCCAAAAGCAAUUCUUCCCUGAAAGAUCCCCAGUGUGUCUUCUGGAACUUCUCUCACUUUGCUGCUGUAGGAGGAUGGGAUGACACUGGUUGUCAUCCGAAGGAUGAAGAAGACUAUGUCAUUUGCACCUGCAAUCACUUGACUUCGUUUUCAAUUCUGAUGUCAUUCGACCAGGGGUCCUCCCCUUCUGGAGGCGAACUGCAGUCACUAGAUUACAUUACCUACAUCGGCCUGAGCAUUUCCAUAGUGAGCUUGAUGAUCUGCAUAUUAAUUGAAUCCCUGGUAUGGAAACAUGUGACCAAAAACAGAACCUCCUACAUGCGUCACGUCUGUAUAUUGAACAUAGCUGUGUCUCUUCUGAUUGCAGACAGCUGGUUCAUUGUCACUGCCUUCAUACAAGACAAAAAGGAGCUAGUGAAAGGGAAUGUCUGCAUAGCUGCCACCUUUUUCAUCCACUUAUUCUACCUCAGUCUCUUUUUCUGGAUGCUUGCCCUGGGCCUCAUGAUCUUCUAUCACCUUGUCUUCAUUUUACAUGACACUAGCAAGACCAUCCAGAAAGCUGUAGCAUUCUCUUUGGGAUAUGGGUGCCCUCUUAUUAUAUCAGUCAUCACCAUAGCUGUCACUCAGCCGCAUAACACUUACAUGAGGGAAAAUGCCUGCUGGCUCAACUGGGAGAAGAGCAAAGCUCUCCUUGCCUUCAUUAUACCUGCGCUGAUCAUUGUGGCUGUGAAUUCAAUCAUUGCUGUUGUAAUCCUAGUCAAAAUACUAAGGCCUGCCAUUGGGGAGAAGCCAAGCAAGCAGGAGAGGAGCUCCUUGAUUCAAGCCAUCAAAAAUGUUGCCACUCUGACGCCGCUAUUUGGCCUUACCUGGGGAUUUGGAGUCGCAACCCUUAGCAAUGGCAGCCCAAUAGUAUUCCAUAUACUAUUUACUCUCCUCAAUGCUUUCCAAGGAUUAUUCAUUCUGGUGUUUGGAACUCUCAGGGACAAGAAGGUAAUAGAAGCCUUGCUGAACAAAUAUUCACUUGGAAGAUGGAGUACGCAGCAAACAAAGUCAACGUCCCUGGGUGAUUCUGCCCCUGUGUUCUCGAUGAGCUGUCCAUUCUCAGCAGCACUAAACAACUUAUCUGGCAAAGCAGGAAAAUACAAUAUUUCUUCCACAGAAGCAACAGGUUCGUCUAGUGAGCACACCUCCAGCACAUAUUCUGUGUUUCACUGAUGUGUUGCAAAUGUUGAACCAAGAAUGUGUGAAGGGACCUGGGUCUUUUUGUGAGCCAUACGUCAAAAGAAUGAAAAAAUACUCUAUGAAUCAUAGAGAAGUGGACAUCACCCAGACUGCACUGUGCCUUGGCGUGUUCUUUAACAAGCAUCCCUUCUACUUAACCUGUAUGGAAGUUUCAUGAUGUGGAAUGUUAAAGAGACCACUAAUGCUAAAAAAAUUUUUAAAAUAUUCUGCGUAGGCUCCACUUGAUCUCAGUGACAGUUGAAGGCGGUCAGCAUCAACAUGGAGGUGCUCAGCACUGCACAGAAUUGACAUGACAAUAGACUUCACAUGGUCUUAAUAAUUUCACUUUUCCAAUUUUCUGAAUGAUGCCAAAUGAAUAAAUAUAUGCACAAGUGCAUCCCAGCCCAUCCUCUCCCUCCUACUCACUCCUGUAGGGGGCAGGUGGUUUAGCAGUCUAAAUUUCUUGCUUGAGCUGUCUAGAAUUCCUGGAAUGACAGGUUCAAACCCCAGAUGGGUUAGCUCAGAGUGCUGACCUUCUGAGACCUGGAGUACCCUGAUGAUUACUACAGGGAGGUCUGUCAGAGAAGUGACUUAAAAACCUAAGUG